AUGUCCAGCUCAAGAGACGUCCCUCAUAACCACGUCGCGCCGGACGCAACGCGCGCAUACCUCACCCGCCUGGUUGGCCAUGCGGCUCAGAAGACGGGCUUCCAUGGGGCGGAAGCCGGCGCGCUGGCGGAGAUGGAGAGAUUGUUGGAGCGCCACAUCCAGCGCGUGUUUGAGGAGGCGUGUGACUACGCUGAACAUUCUGGCCGUUCUGUCCCACAUGCGCGUGAUCUCUACCUCGCCCAGAGCAUGAGCGGAUGGGAUGUUGGGAGUUUGAGGCGCGUCGCGAAGCGGAAGCGGAACCCCAUCGCCCUUCCUACUCGCGACGAAUCACCCGAACCCCUCCAGCCUGAGACCCUCGCAAGCCUUCCCGAUGGUGAGGACGUCAAGCCCACCCUCAUUCCUGCACCCGAGUAUGCGUGGGACGGCGCGCCGGGCCUACCCAAACCGUGGACGUACAAGCCUGAUUUGCCUCCACCCCCUGGCCUGCCCGUGAGCAAGGUGACCACUGGGGUGCUCGACUUCAUCAAACUCACAGCCACGGAGCGCGGAGAUAUUCCUCCCGAGCUGGGUCUGGUGGAUUACCGUCGUGCAGAUGGGCGCGAAGUGCGGCGCAGGUGGGGCGUCAAGGGUGUCGGCGCGUCGUAG